AUGGCAAACAGCAGCGAGUUCGGGGAAAGCGGUCCAUCCUUCCAGAACUACGCAUCCGCCACGGCUUCGGCUUUCAAACUCGCAUCGCUGGCUCUCAUCACAGGAGCAAGCUUGCUGGGCAACGCGGUGCUUUGCGUGCUUCUGCUAAAGGACAGCUCGCUGCACAGAGCUUCGUACUAUUUCCUACUGGAUCUGUGCCUGGCUGAGGUGCUUCGUUCCGCCGUGUGUUUCCCCUUCGUGAUGGUUUCCAUCGGCAGCGGCUCGGCGUGGCCGUACAGCACGCUCAGCUGCAAACUAGUCGCCUUCGCCUCGGUGCUCUUCUGCUUCCACGUCGCAUUCCUGCUCUUCUGCGUCAGCGUCACCCGCUAUAUGGCCAUCGCCCAUCACAGGUUCUACUCCAAGCGGAUGAACGUGUGUACGUGCGUGGCGGUCAUCUGCAUGGUGUGGACACUCUCCGCGGCCAUGGCGUUUCCCCCGGUGUUCGGCGUGGGAACGUACCGCUACGUCCGCGAGGAGGAUCAAUGCAUAUUCGAGCACCGCUACGUGAAGGCGAACGACACGCUGGGCUUCGUGUUAAUGCUGGCCGUCAUCGUGGGGGCGACCCACGCUGUUUACAUGAAGAUGCUGUGCUUUGUUUAUAAUCACCGUAAAAUGAAACCCACGCAACUCGUCCCGGCCAUCAGUCAGAACUGGACCUUCCACGGUCCCGGAGCCACAGGGCAGGCUGCUGCCAACUGGAUGGCCGGAUUCGGCAGAGGACCCACCCCACCGACGCUUGUGGGCGUCAGACAAGCGGCGCACGCCGGCCACAGGCGACUGCUGGUCCUGGAUGAGUUCAAAACGGAGAAACGAAUCGGGAAGAUGUACUACAUGAUCACAUUGACUUUUUUAAUUCUUUGGACACCUUACUUAUGCACCUGCUACAUGAGAAUAUUUGUGAGGGGAAUCUCCAUCCCUCAGCUCUACUUGUCUGCAGCAGUGUGGAUGACAUUUGUUCAGGCAGGGGCGAAUCCCAUUAUCAGCUUCCUGUUCAACAAGGAGCUCCGGAUGCGUUUCAGAGGCUGUUUGCUAUGUUGCUUGGGCACACAAACCCCAAUGCAGCCACUUUGUGUUAUCUGA